UUUGCAAUACACUUACACUUGCACUUGCAAGGGAAUUUAGGAAGUCGGGUGUCUUUACUUACCGACGAAUAUAAAUUACAAUUAUUUUGCAACAUGAAAACGUUGACCAAAGUCCUGCUCACGAGUGUUGCUGUGGCUCUGCUCGCUGUUAAAUGGAACGCUCCCACGUUCAAUGCGGAAAUCCUCCAAGGUGCCAGGGUCUUGGUGACCGGGGCCAGCACUGGUAUUGGUGAACAAAUGGCGUAUCACUACGCCAAGUUUGGCUCCCAGAUCGUCAUUACAGCAAGGAGAGAACAAGUCUUACACCAGGUGGCGGAAAAGUGCCUGAGCUUGGGAGCUCAGAAGGCCCUGUACAUAGCAGCGGACAUGAGCAGUGACUCUGACCCGGAUAGAGUGGUUGAUUUCGCUCUGGACCAGCUCGGAGGUCUGGACUACCUCGUUCUCAACCACAUAGGACCAAGCCCCUUCAACAUGUGGGAAGGAGAUAUACAGCACGUCGAGUGGCUGAUGAAGGUCAACUUCUUGAGUUACGCUCAGAUGGCCUGGAAAGCUCUCCCCUCCCUUGAGCAAAGCAAAGGCUCACUCGUGGUUGUUUCGUCUCUUCUAGGUAAAGUAACCAGUCCCUUUGUGGCUCCGUACACGUCAACCAAAUUUGCCUUGAAUGGUUUCUUUGGGGCUCUAAAUCACGAGUUGGCCAUGAAGAGUAGCAACGUAACGAUCACGAUGUGUACACUGGGCCUCAUUGACACUGACUCAGCCAUGGAUAAAAUCAAGAAUGUCAGUCACGUACCAGCCUACCCUGCCAGUGAAGCGGCAUUGAACAUCAUCAUGACAGGAGCCACUAGAGAGCGGGAGCUCUUCUACCCUUGGUAUACCUACAUCAUCACCCUUAUUAAAGACUUCUUUCCCGACACCAGAGACUACGUAAUGCAAAAGUCCUACAACUACAGCCCAUGAAAAAAGAUUUACCGUAAUUUCUUGUGUAUAAUGCGCAUCCAUGUAUAAUAUCCAUCCAUCCAUUUUCUGAGCCGCUUCUCCUCACUAGGGUCGCGGGCGUGCU